AUGCCUCGAAGAGCUCACACUCUCAUAACCGUUAGCCGAGCCUUACCGGGAUUAUCCGGCAGCCGGGAAGGAAAAACUCGUGAAAAGUCCGAGGAAGAUCGACGAGCCAACGUGUCCAGUGCUAGACCGGCCGGUACAACAUGAUACUCAGAAUUCUAUUUGGCCUGUUCCUCGGGCAAAGUUUCGCUACACCGAUCGCGAAUGUUUGGCUGAGCCCCCUGGGACCUGUAACACCAUUACGCCAGUUCCACAUACAGGACGGAUCCGGAGGAUAUCAUUACUCGUUCACUGGGCCUCAUCAGGCUAAAUCGGAAUCCAGUCUGAAUGGAAUUACACGGGGCGGUUACUCGUACAUCGACGCAAACGGAAUACUGCAAACAGUGACAUACACGGCGGACGACCAAAACGGAUUCAGAGUGAGCGCUAGCAAUUUGCCGCAACCGCCGAAAAACGAUCUCCAGGAGGUUCAGGACACGCCGGAAGUGGCGGCCGCGAAGAAGAGCCACCUCGAAGAGCUGCAGAAAUCCCGGCUGAGAGAGCAAGCCAACUAUCAAUCGAAUAUUUUAUCGUACAACAUUAUACCGCCGUAUUACAGUUUCUCACACUUGAGGAAAGACGACGAGAAGAACUUGGCUGUUCGAGAAAUCGCGACCUCGAAGAACCCGUAUCUACUGUCUCAAGCCGAAGCAGAGAAGAUCGAAGUCCCGAAACCGGACCCGAGUCUGGCGAAGUUCCCAGCUUCGUCGACUCUAGGACAGCAAAAGCCCGAAGAGUUGCGCGUGAACUCGUUGGAAAUCGGAAAACUGGUGUCCUUGGAUGGAAUUCAAAAGGCGGCACCUCUUCCAGCCUCUUACGUGCUGCCAGUUCUGCCGUACCGGCUUUUGCAUAGCGCUCUACAUCACACCCAGGACUCAUUGGGCCAAUACGAUUACACGUACGCCGGCGAUUCGAGCGCGAAGACGGAGUCCAGGUCCCUGGACGGGACCACCAGAGGUGCUUACAGUUACAUCGACCCGAACGGCGUGUUACAACAGGUCCAUUACGUCGCCGAUCAGAACGGGUUCAGGGUUUUAGCGACCAAUCUGCCGGAAGCCAAGUAACGGAAGUUCCUUUGUGCCGGGAGGAUCACGCAGAGGAACCGGGCACCUGGCGAGACAGUUUCGUAGCACACACACCCCUCGGGGAAAACUGACCCUUCCUCGGAGGAUCUUAUCGAUCGUUAGGCUUCUCUACUAUUACGCGAUUAGAGCCCGUCGCCGGAACGGAAGUCGGUGAUUCGCGCUUUUACUGUCACGAUCCCUCGUAACAUGGUUUAUCGUGCCGCUAGAAAUCACUGGGGACGUUCUGGUGCCGUUUCGGACUGGCUCGGUCGCGUGCCGGGUCUCGCAGAUUUAUCGUCGAAUUUCGGGAAAGUUCGAGAGUUCAGUGAAUCUUCGAGUUUCCCGUCGCAGUCGUACCUUCGUUUCGAGUUUCUCGAAAUUCUCUAUUUCGGUUGCGAAGAGGUUUAAUAAAUAACCUAGCUUAUUUAGCCCGGUCCGGCUUGGUUUAACUCAGCUUAACUUGGCUCCACUUAGCUUCGUCCAAUGGCGGUUCCGUCAUUUUUUAAUCUGCCCGAGGUGUAUGGUUUUUAGAACACUUUUCCAGAGAGAAUUGCCGAGUGAGAAAUUCUUAUUUUUGCGGACGCAUAAAGAUGUAGCUUGUAGUGCUAACGUUCCGAUAUUUUCGCAGACGAAAUGAUUCUGGGACGUCGGCACGUAGCUAUCUGAAAGCUGUCUGGAAAUUCGAUGAUCUUAAAUUCGCCGACUUGCGCCUCGUUAGUUUUGCCGCUCAUGUAAAAAUCCACGGUCUACACGUGACGAUCGGGGACACGAUUACCAGUCGGUUCAAAUUACCAAAGAUUCGGAACAACGGAGAGCGGAAAUUACGUCUGGCGAUCGAAAGUCGUAUUCGCGGCUUCUGAUGGAAUGCCGAUCGAGGUCUGCCCGAGGAAGAAAUUGAUUGGCCAGCGUAGUGCCAAGAGAAGGAUUAAGGAAGACGAGGGUGGAAAGUUGACGGUAACCGGGAUUCAGUUUUCGACGAAAAAUUCUGCGGAAGCGAAAGGUCUCCCUUUGAGGGCGAUUUUUCAGACGUGGUUAAUUUAUACCGUGUAAUACGUUCUGGAGAUGAGCUGCCACGCCGAAGGAAACAAGCUUGCUCGGGAACGUAAUUCGCAUGGAGCUGGCGCACGCGAUCGAGCUCUCCUCUCUUUUUGCGAGCUUUUUCAAACGAACGUGCGCGAUCAAGGGGCCCGGGUCAAUCUUCGUCGCCGAUCGCGAAUACUCUCGAACAGCUUUCUCGCCACGGGAUGCUCGGUUGGUGCGGGGUAAUCAAACUUUCUGAAUGCUUUUCGAGUUCGUUCGAAGCCGAUGCGAGACGCGAGAUGCGGGACGCGAAGCGAAGCGAAUCGCGCGCCGCCCGGACGAACUUAAUUCGCAUUCGCCUCUCUCUUUUAAUCAUGUCGCGAUAAGUCGAUUCACAAUAAAUUAUUCCACCUACCAAA